AUCAGCAUCCAGUUCACUAUCCGUUUUAGACAGACAGACAGACAGACAGACAGACAGACAGACAGAUUGAUAGAUAGAUAGAUCGAUCGAUAGACAGACAGACAGACAGACAGACAGUCUUCAAAUGUAUUGGACCAUUAAGAUGUUGACAAUAAUCAAUAAGGCAUUUGACUGAUCUCUUCUGUCCUCCUCCUCUCAUGGUCUCCUCCCCUCCGAUGCGCUGCGCAUCAUCCAGCACUCUCGCUCUCUUCAGCACGCGCAGUUCUCCAAAACGCGUCUUCUAUCUUUAUCCGAGCAGACCGCACACAUCAUUCAACGCACCCACAGCAUCUCGCUCAUUCGCCCGAGGUAGAGAGACAUACUGAGGCGAGAGGAAUACUGACACUUCACCUAAAGAGACGCGCGUGGGAGAGACCAGGUCGGCUGCGUGUUCCGAUUCGCGUCUGGACCCAAGUCGCUUUGGGUUUCAGGGGUCUUAAAUCUGGCGGCGAGGGUCAGGACAUGAGCCUGCUGUGCGGGGGCUUCGGCAUGGCGGGCUGGGGGUUCGCUUGGGUUCUGGUGCUGUUCGCGCUGUGGAGGCCCGGUGCCGCUUGUCCCGCGCUCUGCACGUGCAGUGGCGUGAGGAUCUCGUGUGUGGAUGCGGAGCGCAGUAUCAUGGCUUUUCCCAUGCUGCAGUCCGACGCAGAGAUGGAGAACAUCACGGACAUAUACAUUGCAAAUCAAAGCAGUUUCACAUCCAUUAAUGAAAAAGAUCUCAACCUAUACCACAACCUCAGAAACUUAACGGUAACAAACACAAGGCUCACGUAUAUUUCUCGACAAGCCUUUCAGAACAACCUAAAACUUCAGUAUAUGAAUCUCAAAGAAAACAAUCUGUCGUAUCUUUCCUGGAGGAGUUUUCGCCAUUUAAACAUCUCAUACCUGCUGCUGGCAGGUAACCCUCUGCAGUGCUCAUGUGAAAACGUGUGGCUGAAGCAGUGGAGAGGAGAGGAGGCUGAGGAGCUUCUGUGUGUGGAGGAAGGAGGAAAGAGGAGGACACUCUCCUCACUCACACUGCCUAACUGUGUUCUCCCCAGUGUGAUUCUCAGUCCCACUAAAGUGACCAUGCUGGAAGGGUUAAACGUCACGCUGGCAUGCAACACUUCAGGAACACCCACGCCUACUCUGAACUGGAAUACCUGCUCACUCACUUCCAGAUAUGAGCUUGUGCGCUCGGGUCAGAUGUCAGAGCUCAAGGUCUUGGAUGUCUCUUCCCUGGACAACGGAUGCAAAAUCACCUGCAGAUCUGACAACAUGGUGGGCGAGACUGAGUCCUCUGUGCAUCUGGAUAUAUUGUUUAAACCCAAAAUCAGCAAGCUGAUGGAUGCUAUCUCAGACCACCACUGGUGCAUUCCCUUCAGUGUGUCGGGCAACCCAGAGCCUAAACUGAUCUGGUUAUUAAAUGGCAAUCCCGUGGAAGAGGGCAACUUUAUCCGCACCAUGAUCCAUGAUUUCUCAGAGGGAGAAUAUCAUGGUUGCUUACAGCUGGACAGUCCAACACACAUCAACAAUGGAGAAUACACACUGCUGGCUAGUAAUGCAUAUGGAGAGGACCGCAAGGCUGUAUUUGCUCAUUUCAUGCAUGAGCCGUGGAAUGAGUCAGUUACUGAUCCACUGUAUUAUGACGACACUCCACUUGGACCUCCUGAGGACAAAGUUGCUGUGUACGUGGUCGUGGGAAUCGCGGCGGUCACAUUCACAGGCUUCAUCUUGAUGCUUGUCAUCCUGAAGUUUGGACGCAACUCAAAGUUCGGAAUCAAAGGUUCUUCUUCAGUCAUCAGUAAUGACGAUGACUCUGCCAGCCCUCUUCAUCACGUGUCUAAUGGCUCCAACACACCCUCAUCCUCUGAAAUGAACGCAGACGCCGUCAUCAUCGGCAUGACCAAGAUUCCUGUCAUAGAGAACCCGCAGUACUUCCGCAGCACUGGCAGUCUGCUCAAAUCUGAUACCUUUGUUCAACACAUUAAGAGACACAACAUUGUGUUGAAGAGGGAGCUGGGAGAAGGAGCGUUUGGGAAAGUGUUCCUGGCCGAAUGCUACAACCUGUCCACAGACCAGGAGAAAAUUUUAGUGGCUGUCAAGACUCUGAAAGAGGCCAGUGAGAAUGCCAGGAAGGACUUCCAUCGUGAGGCUGAGUUGUUGACUAAUCUGCAGCACAAGCACAUUGUCACGUUCUAUGGAGUGUGUGUGGAGAGUGAUCCCCUCAUCAUGGUGUUUGAGUACAUGAAACACGGCGACCUCAACAAGUUCCUCAGGGCUCAUGGUCCUGAUGCUGUGUUGAUGGCUGAUGGACAGGUUCAGCAGCAGGAAGAACUCACUCAGUCUCAGAUGCUGCAUAUUGCACAGCAGAUCGCCGCAGGCAUGGUGUAUCUGGCCUCCCAGCACUUUGUACACAGGGACCUAGCCACACGAAACUGCCUUGUUGGGGAAAACCUGCUGGUGAAGAUUGGAGACUUUGGAAUGUCCCGGGACGUCUACAGUACAGAUUACUAUCGGGUGGGAGGUCAUACCAUGCUGCCAAUCCGCUGGAUGCCACCAGAGAGCAUCAUGUACAGGAAGUUCACCACAGAGAGUGACGUGUGGAGUCUGGGGGUGGUGCUGUGGGAGAUCUUUACCUAUGGUAAACAGCCCUGGUACCAACUCUCAAAUAAUGAGGUGAUUGAGUGUAUCACCCAAGGACGUGUACUGCAACGACCCCGCACCUGUCCGAAAGAGGUGUAUGACUUGAUGCUGGGCUGCUGGCAAAGAGAGCCGCACACUCGACUCUACAUCAGAGAGAUCCAUAACUUGCUCCUCAACCUGGCCAAGGCUUCACCUGUGUACCUGGACAUCCUGGGAUAAGAGCAAACGUGUGGAUUCCCAAAACUGCCCCUCGAAUUACAUCCCUCUUUUCUCCAGAUUCAAAACCUUUCCUCCUCGUACAAAGUUUCUCUUCUCAAUGUAAAUGUCUAGAUAUGUUGGCAACGAGAUCUUGUACAUUAUGACUACAAAUACUGUAUUUCUGAACAAAUACCAAUGGAAUACACGUAUAAACUGUCUACGGUUGACCAUCCUCAACUUCUGGACCAAGUGAAGUCAUUGCAUACUCAAAAAGCUCUUUGACGCAACUGCAGUUCAGGGCUUAUAAGAAUAGUUUACCCAAAAAUGAAAAUUCUGUCAUUUUCUACUCUCCCUCAUGUCAUUCCAAACCCAUAUGAUGUUAUUUUUUUAGUGGAACCCAACCUUUUUUGAUGACCGUUUACUGUUUAAUGGCUUAAAUUUCAGUCUGUUCCUCACAAGCCCUUCGAUAUAUUGAAUAGCUUCAGAAGACUUGGAAUAUGCAGUAGUUGGAAACCACUUUUAUGUUGCUGUAAUCGUGUUUAACUUCUUUGUUAUUUAUUAAUGGUGAAAUGGCUGUGUAGUGAAUCUUUAAAAAAAUCAACCUUUUGCAUUAAAAUGGAAAGAUAACAGCAUACACAUUUGGAACUAAAGGAGGGUGAGUAAAUGAUAAAAGAGUUUUUAUUUUUGGGUGAACAUGUUCAGGACUUAAGGAAGAGCCAUCCAUCCUCAUUCUGCAUCACAGAGGAAGCAACAUCCCCAUGAAAUCGGAUAGAACACCAAUGAGAGAAGACAAAUUCCACUUUUUCUGCCUACUGGAGGCUUCUCUCAUGUCAGCGCACGUCUGUUAUACAUCAUAUACUGUAUAUGUAUAUUUAUACUCUACCAGUCAAAAAUUU